AUGAAUUCUAUAGAAAAUUUCAUUAAUCAACAACCACUUAUUAUACAAUCUUCACUUUCUCAACUUCGAUAUUUGAUUUUAUCAGAAGGAUUACCUGUUGCUAAGACUAAGAGCCAACAAAGAACCAGGUGUUAUGUUUGGUCCAUUUUAUCACAAACUUCAAUGGAGAGGUCAACUCAGAUUUAUAUGGCUUUAUUACAAUUAGGCCCUGCCCCAGUACCUAUAUUACAAAAAAUUAAGAAUGAUACUUUUAGAACUUUGCAAACAGACUCAAGAUUUGUCAACACUGUAUCAGAAGAUUCUUUAAUUAGAUGUUUAUCCUGUUUUGCUUGGCAAACACUACAAAAAGAAGAAGAAUAUGAUCAAAAUAUCGAAUCAAGCUCAAAUCGUGUUAGCACAUAUGUUCAAGGUAUGAACGUACUAUUAGCACCUUUAUUAUAUACAUGUCCUUCAGAACCAAUGGCUUUCCAAAUGUUUACCACGUUAUGUUAUACAAUUGUACCAACAUAUUUGAACAAUAGCUUAUCUGGUGUCCAUAAUGGUGCAAAAUUACUUGAUAUAUGUUUAAAGAUAAUAGAUCCAAAAUUAAGUAAAUUCUUAAGUGAUAAUUUAUUAACUGCCGAAAUUUAUGGUAUACCAUCAAUAUUAACUUUGUCAAGUUGUAACAAACCAUUGGAUCAAGUGUGCAAAUUAUGGGAUUUUAUGUUUGCAUAUGGGUUUCAUAUGAAUAUCUUAUUCAUCGUUGCAUUUUUAGUUACUAUGCGUUCAAAAAUAUUAGCAUCCGAUUCACCAAUGAAUCUGUUAACAAGACCUUUACCAGAAUUUGACGCUGAUGAAAUAAUAAGAUUAGGUGUAGGAUUCGUAGCUAGAAUCCCAUCAGAUAUUUAUACCCUUUUGGUCGAACAUUUAACAAACCCAAACUUGACGAUUCCAUAUAAUGACUAA